AUGGCACCCGCCGCAAUCUCUUGGUAUUGCUUCACACAAGAGGAGAAGAAUGAUCUGGAACACUCUUGGAGUCUGGUUGAAGCAAAAAAGAAUCACAUUGCUUGUGAUAUCUAUGAGAUGAUUUUCAAUCAGUGUCCGGAAGCUCGUCGAUUAUUUCCAAAAUUGAAAUUCGUUGGAUCGAAACCAGAUCGGAAGAAUAAUGAAUUCGCGUUCCAAGCGAUGCGUUUCAUGCAGGUCAUCGAAGGAGCAGUCAAAGCACUCGACCAUCUCACUUCACUUGAUGUGAUUUUGGACAACCUGGGAAGACGACAUGGAAAACUUGAAGUCAAUGGAAAAUUCAGAUCCUACUACUGGUCAGUGUUCCUCGAAUGCUCAAUUUAUUGCCUUCGUCAUGCAUUUUCGAAAAGGAUGAACGACAAAGAAGUGGAUCACGUCAUCAUUCUCUGGAGAUAUCUUUUACGUGAUGUCAUGAAGAAAAUUAAGGCUGGAACAACAGCAGAUAUCGCUCACAGAAUGCAUCAAAUGAGUAUUGAUGACUCGAGAAAAUACUCACUUCCAGCAAUACAACACAAGGAAUCAAAUGCUUCGUCAGCAGGUACCGACUUUGACGAUAUUCUCUAA